AUGCCGAGCCUCAUUCUUCGCCCCUCACACGAAGAUACCCAGAUAGCCCUUGCUCCAGCUGCGCUGCUGGAUGCCUCAGGCAGCCAAUCCUCCGCCCCUUUGUUCGACCACCUCAUGCCUCUCAACCAGCUCAACUCACUCACCCAUGUUAAAUCUACCAAUUGUUCUUACAUUUCCAUUGAAACCCUGUCCGACACUAUGGAUACCAACGCGCUUAUCGAUCUCGUCCACGAAGUGCAGGGCGCAAUUUGGGUUGAUAAGAUCAAUGAGACCCACCGAGCAGGCCGCCUUUGCGAAUGGGUGUCAACUUUCCACCCUGACAAGCUUCUCUGUAAGCUUGAGGGAACGUUUCACCAUGGCGCAUUCAAUGCCGGCGUGAAAAUGGCAUUUAACGACGGCAUGGCCUGGAUGGUGCGUUUUCCCCGUGUGGGGAUGGUCUGUGACGACUACACAGACGAAAAGGUUGCGAUGGAGGUAACGGCCCUAGAUCUUGUCCGCCAAAGAACUACUAUUCCUGUCCCGAGAGUCUGGGCGUGGGGGCCCGCUAGCAGCAAUUCUCUUGGCCUCGGUCCAUUUAUUAUUAUGGACUUUAUCAAUGGCAUAAGUCUUAGUGAUCUUCUCCGGGAUCCUCAUGCGGAAUGUCCUACCAGGGUUAUACGGGAGGAUAUUAGCGAUGAUGAUAUUGGCUUUAUUUACAGACAGCUGGCCAACUUCUUACUACAGCUUUUCAAGCUCGAUUUUGACUCUAUUGGCAGCCUACCAUCGGCACAAGCUGAAGCCGAGGACACUACACGAUCACGUCCACUAACAUUCAAAGUACACCAUAUUCUCCAAGAUGGAGGAGUUGACACUUUCGGUGACCGAGCCCAAGGAUUUACCACAACCACCCAGUACUUCCAAUAUCUUGCCGAGCAGGACUGGGAGCAACUUCGUCACCAAAAAAACUCUAUUUUUGGUAAAUAUAACGCUAAAACUAAAUAUCUCGCAUUCAAGGUCCUGAAAACCUUUAUCCCUGACUUGAUUCACGCGAAAUAUGACCGUGGCAAGUUUAAACUGAUUUGCGAUGAUCUGGGCCUAGCAAAUCUGAUCGUGCGUGGUAAGGGAGAUUUCACUGUUGUUGGAGUCGUAGAUCUCGAGUGGUCCUAUAUCGGGCCUGCCCAGUUGUUUGGCUCGGCGCCAUGGUGGCUUCUUCAGGAUAGGCCGGUUAACACCGCGUGGGAGUACCAGGAUGGCGAGCCUCCUAGGGUUGCUUCCCGGUACUUUAAAUACCUGGAUAUUUUUGUACGUGUUUUGGAGGAGGAAGAGGCAAAAUUACCCGAUCACAAAGAGAAAGAGCUCUCGUGUCUUAUCAAGUGGUCACGAGAGUCCGGGGCCAUGUGGCUACAUAUGCUGCUUUCAUCGGGCUUUAACGAUCAUCAUAGUUUUCCUUUUGUCCAGCUCCGUCAACAUUUAGGGACAGAAUGGGCAAAACGUGAGGAGGAACUGGAUGAUGAAGAAGAGCAUACGGCAUUUGCGUUGCAGAAGAUAACCGAGUUAGAGAGGUACGAUGAAGCCCUGGCGAAGCUCGAAGAGAACAAGGUGCUCAUGGACAAUGGGAACAUGACCAAGGAGGAAUUCAUCACCAGAGCUCUGGCAGAAGGCGACUAUUUCUCGUCUUCUAAGGGCAGUUAG